AUGGAGGGUGUGGAUCAUUUGGCUCUCGAAAGGAGCAAGACCCAGUUCGAUGUGGACCAGAUGAAGGUCGUCUGGGCCGGCUCCCGCCACGCCUUGGACGUCUCCGAUCGAAUUGGCCGCCUCGUCGCCAGCGAUCCGGUGUUUAAGAAGGAUAAUAGGGCUAUGCUGAGUAGGAAGGACUUGUUUAAAGACACUCUAAGAAAGGCAGCUCAUGUCUGGAAGCGGAUCAACGAGCUUAAACUCACUGAAGAAGAGGCAUCCAGGUUAAGGUUUUUUAUCGAUCAACCUUCAUAUAUGGAUCUUCACUGGGGAAUGUUUAUACCUGUUAUUAAAGGAUCAGGUACCGAGGAGCAGCAAAAGAAGUGGUUGCCGAUCGCAUACAAGAUGCAAAUAAUUGGCUGCUAUGCACAGACUGAACUUGGCCAUGGCUCCAAUGUCCAAGGGCUUGAGACCACUGCAACUUUUGAUCCAAAGACAGACGAGUUUGUUAUUAAUAGCCCUACACUGACCUCUAGCAAAUGGUGGCCUGGUGGUUUGGGAAAAGUUUCGACUCACGCUGUUGUUUUUGCGCGUCUUAUUACUGAUGGUCAAGACCAUGGAGUGAACGGUUUCAUCGUCCAACUUCGGAGCUUGGAUGAUCACUUGCCUCUUCCAGGCGUAACUGUUGGAGAUAUCGGAAUGAAAUUUGGAAGUGGUGCAUACAACUCCAUGGACAAUGGUGUCCUAAGAUUUGAUCAUGUGCGCAUCCCAAGGGAUCAAAUGUUGAUGAGAGUCUCACAGGUUACAAGAGAAGGAAAAGUUGUUCUAUCCAACGUUCCAAGGCAACUACUUUAUGGAACUAUGGUUUUUGUUCGACAAACAAUUGUGGCUGAUGCUUCCUCUGCAUUGUCACGAGCAGUAUGUAUUGCUACUAGGUAUAGUGCUGUUCGUCGACAAUUUGGUUCAAAUGAUAGUGGUGUUGAGACACAGGUGAUUGAUUACAAGACUCAACAAAGUAGACUAUUCCCUUUGCUGGCUUCCGCCUAUGCUUUCAGAUUUGUUGGUGAGUGGUUGAAAUGGCUAUAUACGGACGUAACACAAAAACUGCAAGCAAAUGAUUUUUCUACAUUGCCUGAGGCUCAUGCAUGCACUGCGGGUUUAAAGUCAUUGACUACUUCAGCAACUGCUGAUGCCAUUGAAGAAUGCCGGAAAUUAUGUGGUGGUCAUGGUUAUCUUUCUAGCAGUGGGCUCCCCGAGUUAUUUGCUGUUUAUAUCCCGGCAUGUACAUAUGAAGGAGACAAUAUUGUUCUACUUCUGCAGGUUGCAAGGUUUCUGAUGAAGACUGUUUCUCAGCUACCGUCUGGUAAAAAACCCGUUGGAACAACUUCCUAUAUGGGGCGUGCAGAACAGUUGCUCCAAUCUCGUUCUAAUGUUCAGAAAGCUGAGGAUUGGUUGAAGCCUAGUGUAAUACUGGAGGCAUUUGAAGCAAGGGCUAUGAGAAUGUCUGUUGCCUGUGCAAAAGACCUUAGCAAGUUUGCAAAUCCAGAAGAGGGCUUUGCGGAACUAUCGCCUAAUUUGGUGGAUGCAGCAGUUGCUCAUUGCCAAUUGAUUGUUGUUUCCAAGUUCAUUGAGAAACUGCAACAAGACAUACCCGGGAAGGGAGUGAAAGAACAGUUGCAGAUCCUCUGUAAUGUAUAUGCUUUAUUUCUUGUUCACAAACAUCUGGGUGAUUUUCUCUCCACUGGAAGUAUCACAGCCAAACAAGCUUCACUUGCCAACGAUCAGCUUAGAUCUCUAUAUUCCCAGGUCCGCCCCAAUGCCAUUGCCCUUGUUGAUGCAUUUAAUUACACUGACCACUACCUUAGCUCAAUUCUUGGCCGAUAUGACGGUAAUGUGUACGCGAAACUUUAUGAGGAGGCCUGGAAGGAUCCUCUGAAUGACACGGUUGUGCCAGAGGGCUAUCGCGAGUACAUCCAACCUUUGCUGAAGCAACAGCUCCGAAAUGCAAGGCUAUGAUUAUAAAAUGUGGUUGUGAUUGUAUUGUUGCCAAUAAAGCUAGCAGCUAUUUGUUGCCCGAAGGGAAAUUGUGAAAUUUAUGUCACGGAGACAUAUAUAUAUAUAUAUUACUUGAUUAGAAUGAUAAAAAGAACUGGGAUGAUGUAAACAGGAUAUGGUAGAUCGUUUAUAAAAGCUAUUAAUUAAGUUAAGUACGGACUAUUCGUGGCC